AGGCCACUUGCUCUUUAAAUAGAUGGGUGUGCAACAAGUUAGGGCUCACUCCUCUCUUACCAAACGUUAAACACAAAUUUCUUCCAUCACUUAUGGAUCCUUACAAGUUUCGUCCUUCGAGCUCUCAUGAUACUCCGUACUACACCACAAACGGGGGUGCACCUGUUUACAACAACAUCUCUUCCUUGACUGUUGGAACCAGAGGUCCGAUCCUUCUAGAGGAUUACCAUUUGAUAGAAAAAGUUGCAAACUUUACGAGGGAGAGGAUUCCCGAGAGAGUGGUGCAUGCGCGAGGAUUCAGCGCAAAGGGAUUCUUCGAAGUGACGCACGAUGUUUCUCACCUGACCUGUGCUGAUUUCCUCCGAGCCCCCGGCGUUCAGACACCGGUUAUUGUCCGAUUCUCCACCGUCGUUCACGAACGUGGAAGCCCCGAGACCAUGCGAGACAUCCGUGGUUUCGCCACCAAGUUUUACACCCGAGAGGGCAACUUCGACAUCGUCGGUAACAACUUCCCGGUGUUCUUCACCCGGGACGGGGUCCAGUUCCCGGACACGAUCCACGCCCUGAAACCGAACCCCGUCACCAACAUCCAAGAGAACUGGAGAAUCCUCGACUACUUCUCUCAUUUUCCCGAGAGUCUACACACGUUCGCCUUCCUCUACGACGACGUGGGCGUCCCUCUGAACUACAGGCACAUGGAAGGAUUCGGAGUUCACGCUUAUCAGUUCAUCAACAAAUCCGGGAAAUCUCUCUUAGUGAAGUUUCACUGGAAACCCACGUGCGGUAUAAAAUGUCUGCUCGAGGAAGAUGCCGCUAAAGUUGCGGCGGCGAAUCACAGUCACGCCACUAAGGAUCUUCACGACGCCAUUGCAGCAGGGAACUUUCCAGAGUGGAAGCUUUUCAUCCAGAUCAUGGACCCUGCUGAUGAAGACAAGUUCGAUUUCGACCCUCUCGACGUUACCAAGACAUGGCCUGAGGAUGUUCUGCCUCUUCAGCCCGUCGGUCGCCUUGUUUUGAACAAGAACGUCGAUAACUUCUUCGCCGAGACCGAGAUGCUCGCUUUCAACCCCGGCCUUGUCGUCCCGGGGAUCUAUUAUUCGCAGGAUAAGCUCUUGCAGGCUCGGAUCUUCGCUUAUGGCGACACUCAGAGAUACCGCCUCGGCCCGAACUAUCUCCAGCUUCCGGUUAAUGCCCCUAAAUGCGCUCACCAUAACAAUCACCAUGAUGGGUUCAUGAACUUCAUGCAUAGGGAUGAGGAGGUGAACUACUUCCCUUCAAGGUUUGAUUCCGUUCGCCAUGCAGCGAAAUACCCUAUUCCCUCUGCUAUCUGCUCUGGUGAACGCGUCAAGUGUGUGAUCGAGAAAGAGAACAACUUCAAGCAGCCAGGAGAUAGAUACCGAUCUUGGGCACCAGACAGGCAAGAGAGAUACGCGAACCGUUGGGUCGAAGCCCUUUCGGACGCACGUGUCACUGACGAGAUUCGCGGAAUCUGGAUCUCUUACUUGUCGCAGUCCGAUAAAUCUCUGGGCAUGAAAGUGGCGAAUCGUCUCAAUGUGAGGCCAAGCUUCUGAUCUCUGCAACAAGACAGAACUCAUGACGAUGUUGUCAUCUCUGAACUCUGGUUGGGAUCUCUGAACUCUCUGUUCUUUGGUAAUGGAUAAAUAUGUUUUAUGAAAUUGGUAAAAAAAAAAAAAAGACUUGUUCGUGUUUUAUGUCUACCAAAAAUAAAUCAAUGUUAAUAGCAACUAAAGAUCUUUUCUAAGGUUGUAAUAUCUGAAUAUGAUAUCCUGCUUCUUAUGCGUGUUUCAAAAAUAAUAAAGUUGCAGUCUUUAUCAUUUU